UAAACAAAGCAGAACGUUUAUUUCACUGUAAGCCUUGUGUAUUGUUGGUUUUAAUAAUGAUCAACGACACUCUUGCCUUUGGAGAACUGGACACGAAUGUUUCUGAGCCGCUGCCGCCUCUCGCUCUCAGCCACAACCAAAGUGUGUCCCGUGCGCUCCUGCUGGAGUCCAAGUCUCUGGUCACUUCAGCCACGAUGUUCGCCGUGGGAGUCCUGGGGAACCUCAUCGCCAUAGUCGUGCUGUGCAUCUCCAAAAAGGAGCAGAAAGAAACCACUUUCUACACUCUGGUGUGCGGGAUGGCCAUCACGGAUCUGCUGGGAACAUGCUUCACGAGCCCGGUGGUGAUCGCCACAUAUGUGGCCAACCGCUGGCCCGGAGGGGUGCUGCUCUGCCACUUCUUCUCCUUCUCCAUGCUCUUCUUUGGCUCCGCUGGAAUGUCCAUCCUGUGCGCCAUGGCUGUGGAACGAUACUUGGCCAUAAACCAUGCGUAUUUCUACUCCCAGUACAUAGAUCGGACAAUGGCGCGCUUUGCACUCCUGGCUACCUACUUGGCUAACAUAGUAUUGUGCAUUAUGCCCAGUUUUGGCUUCGGACAGCACGUCAAGCACUUUCCUGGGACUUGGUGCUUUCUGGACUGGAGGGCAAUGGAUUCACUCGGAGCCUGUUACUCCUUCCUGUACGGCGGAGUGAUGGUGGUGCUGAUCGCAGUGACAGUUUUGUGUAAUUUGGCGGUGUGCAGGUCGUUGGUGGGGAUGAACCAGAGGACAUUGUGUGAGCGGGGAGGAUCACGUUGCCGCUUCCCCCGGCUGCCGUCGGUAACCUCAGCAGCGGAGAUCCAAAUGUUCUGGCUUCUGAUCUUCAUGACCAUCGUGUUCCUGGUCUGCUCCAUCCCUUUAGUAGUGCGAAUCUUCGUCAACCAGCUAUACGACCCAUCUUAUAUCUCCGCUGGAGGGAAGCCCGACUACGGGAGCGACCUGUUGGCGAUCCGCUUCGCCUCAUUCAACCCCAUAUUAGACCCCUGGGUGUACAUUUUGUGCCGGAAGAACCUGUUGCUAAAGGGCUGUGAGAAGCUGAAGAGUACAGCGGCCCACAUUAAGGACGCUCGUGGUGACAACAUCGACUGGGUAGAAGAUCAACACUCCCCCCCGUCUCUAAACAGCGAUGACACAAGUUACGCGUCAGUACGCACAGCCAGCUUCAGGAACGGUAUGGAACCCCUGGUGUCCAUCAAUAAUACAACCUUUACAGACUUCGCCAUGAGGCAAGCGUGGGAGUACGACACUGCGCAGGUCAACUUUCACCCGUUCAGUGUCGAGUCGACCGCGAUCCUCGGCUGUGAGGAGCAGGCAGCAGCUGGUUCCACACAGGAGGCGGCAAGCAACCCUCUCUGCGCACGUUAGAAAAGUGGACAUUGUCACCUGCACGUUCAGCACACCGAGAUCAUGUCAGUCAGCAAAAUGCCUUUGAUGAACAUGUGUUAACUGCGAACAUCAGUUUAGAAAUGUUCCAAAGUCGGGCAGCUGCUUCACCUGCACAGCAAAAUGGUACUUUUGAAUUCAACUGUGAGAAAAAUCGAAGCUGCCAGUGAUAAACUCAACACUAAAGAAACACCAAAGAGCCAUUAAUGAAUGAAACACUUGAAACAACACUUAGCAACUAACUGUUAGUGGAAUCAUCUCAACAUCAGCACUGGAUCAAACAUCUCUCUCAUGGUUUGAACUGCAGCUCUCUAAAUGUAAAAUGUUACGGUCAAGUGAAAAACAGUUCAUGUGCAUUUCCAACAUCGUUUUCUUAUAAACCAGGACAUUUCUCCAUUCAGAUGAGGUCCAGUAAAAACACAUGACCCCCAACCUACCACUACUUCAAACUGUUGUGUGCACAGUGGUGGUGAUUGGACGGGCAGGGUAUCACAGGUGGCUCACUAUGGGUGCUGGUCAAAUAAAACAUACAAAAGCUUCAGAACAUUUUUGUUCCAGUGUCCCCAAGCAAAUUGAAAUGGACUAAUAGCUACAAUUGUAGUGGAAUCUGAUUUGCUCUGUCAUAAGACCUCUGCUGACAAAUGUAAAAAAAAAUUCCAAACAUGGAAAUUUUAACAAAAUAUAAUCAUACCCCAUGGGUACAAAUAAAAGUCGUGACACUCCAAGAGUUUGAUACACUGUAUGAAUCCAUAUGUGCCAUUCGCAAUACAUGUUUAUUCAUUAUGUGUUGUUGUUACACUUGAUUUUACUUUAAGCUACAUGCUGCUAAUUUACUCUGCGCCUGUGUUGCAUGAUGCAGGGGAAACUGAAUGUUGACAUUUUGAAUCUUGUUUUAUAUUGCAAAUAAUGUUUUGAUGACUGCCAAC